AUGGGGAAAUACUUGACUUCACUGCUCGUGAUGCUACUGCAGCUCCUCUGCGGCUGCACAGGGAACCAAAGGACGGAGAAGGAAUUGGCCCUGCAGUUCACUCACUCUAUUUACAAUGCCACUAUAUACGAGAACUCUGCUGCUAAGACCUACUUGGAGAGUCAUGCCAAGAUGGGCAUCUACAUCACAGACCCCACCUGGGAGAUACGGUACAAAAUAGUGUCAGGAGACAAUGAGAACCUUUUCAAAGCAGAGGACUACGUGCUGGGAGACUUUAGUUUCCUGAGGAUAAGGACCAAAGGAGGCAGCACUGCCAUUCUGAACCGGGAGGUCAAAGACCACUACUUUCUCACUGUCAAAGCUGUGGAGAGGGUCACCAACGUGGAGGCUCGCACCCGAGUCAAGGUCCAGGUCCAGGACACCAACGACCUGAGGCCUCUGUUCUCGCCCACCUCCUACAGCAUCUCGCUGCUCGAGAACACGGCCAUACGGACCAGCGUGGCCAAGGUCACGGCCACGGACGCCGACAUCGGGACGAACGGGGAGUACUACUAUAGCUUCCGGGAGUGGACAGAUAUGUUUGCUGUCCACCCCACGAGCGGGGUGGUGACGCUGACGGGAAAGCUGGAUUACUCUGAGACCAAGUUGUAUGACCUGGAGAUCCUGGCGGUGGACCGAGGCAUGAAGCUCUACGGGAGCAGCGGCUUCAGUAGCAUGGCCAAGCUGACGGUGAGGGUGGAGCAAGCCAAUGAGCACGCGCCUGUCAUCACUGCCGUCACCCUGGCACCCUCGGGCGCUGACCGCGACCCCACCUACGCCAUAGUGACCGUCGAGGACAACGACCAGGGACCAAACGGGGAGAUCGCGUCGUUGAGCGUGGUGGCGGGCGACCCCCUCCAGCAGUUUAAAGCCAUGAGAACUAGUCCUGGGAGCAAGGAGUACAAAAUCAAAGCGGUCAAGGAUGUAGACUGGGACACCCAGCCUUUCGGAUACAACCUCACGUUACAGGCCAAGGACAAAGGAAGCACCCCACAGUUUUCCUCAGCGAAAGUGGUACAUGUGACAUCCCCUCAGUUUAAAAUGGGCCCCCCUAAAUUCGAAUAUGCUGUUUAUAGGGUCAAUCUCAGUGAGUUUGCCCCUCUCCAUACACCUGUUGCUAUGGUAACUGCAUUGCCGAAGUAUCCACAGUUGAAGUAUGCUUUCAGAUAUAAGACAGAGAAGAAUCGUUUUGCUAUUAAUCCAGACACUGGCUUAAUCACCACAACUGGACCCAUCUAUGCGGAUUAUGCCCCUAAAUUUGAACUAGAAGUUAUUACCAGUGACAAAAAGGCAGCGACUAAGGUUAUCAUUGACAUUAUGGAUAUUAACAAUAAUGCCCCUGAGUUCCAACAGACCUCUUACAAGGCCACCAUUGAUGAGAAUGUACCUGUAGGGACCAACGUGUUAGCAGUGAAAGCCACUGAUCUAGACAGUGGCGAGAAUGGGUAUGUGACUUACAGCAUUGCCAACGUGAGCCCACAGCCGUUUGUCAUCGACUACUUCUCUGGUGUCAUCAGCACCUCAGAGGAGCUGGAUUAUGAACUGAUGCCAAGGAUUUACAAUCUCAAAAUCAGGGCUUCAGACUGGGGUUCCCCUUUCCGACGGGAGGUGGAGGCAUCAGUUACUAUCACACUGAAUAACCUGAAUGACAAUAAGCCUCUAUUCGAAAAUAUCGACUGUGAAGUCACGGUGCCAAGAGACCAUGGCGUGGGAGAGCAGAUAACGACGGUGUCUGCUAUUGACGCUGACGAAUUGCAGCUAGUGCGGUACGACAUAAAAGCUGGGAAUGAUCUUGAUCUCUUUGAAUUGAACUCCAACUCGGGUGUGCUUUCUUUGAAACGAACACUGAGCGAGGGGGAGGCAGCUAAAGUGUCCUUCCAUAGCUUACAGAUCAGAGCCAGUGAUGGAGAGCAUGAGACUGAACCAAUGAUUAUGAACAUCACUGUCAUCACAGCUCGCAAGCCUGUCCAAUUGAAGUGCGUCGACACUGGGGUUGCUACGAUGUUGGCAGAAAAGCUGCUUCAUGGCACUAAGAUCCACACCCCAACUGAGCCUGACGAUAACUUAAUGGACAUCCAUUCGGUUAACCGCUACUCCCCUCAGUUUGCAGAGUCCUUCCCCAGUGUCAUUGAGGUCAAAGAGGACCUUCCGGUUGGGGCAAGGGUAGUCCAUCUAAGCGCAUCCGACACAGACAGUGGUUUUAACGGAAAACUGGUGUACGUUAUUUCAGGAGGAGAUACAGAGAGUCGUUUCAUUGUAGAUAUGAACACCGGUUGGCUUUUGGUUUACGCACCACUGGACAGGGAAACGACAGACCACUACACACUGAAUGUCACAGUCUACGAUCUGGGAAUACCGCAGAAGUCCUCCUCGCGUCUUUUAGACGUUAAGAUCUUGGAUGCUAACGAUAACAGUCCGCAGUUCCUGCAAGACUCAUAUUCGGUGGAAAUAAGUGAAAACACACCAGUGGGCACUGAAAUCGUCCAGGUGGAUUCCACAGAUAAGGACCAGGGAGAUAACGGAGUAGUCAGGUAUUCGAUUGUGGCCGACACUGACCAGUUUGCCAUUGACGAGCUGACUGGAAUAGUGACGGUGAAAAAGCCGCUGGAUCGCGAGGUGCACCCGGUUUACAUUCUGAAGAUCGCUGCACGUGACCAGGCCAUUAAUGAACCUCAACUCGUGUCUACAGUGUUGCUAAAGGUCGUUCUCGAGGACGUCAAUGACAAUCCUCCCAAAUUCAUCCCGUCAAAUUACCGCGUGAAAGUGAGGGAGGACCUCCCGAUCGGCACUGUGAUUAUGUGGCUGGAGGCUCACGACCCGGAUGUCGGGCUGUCCAGUCAGGUACGGUACAGCCUCAUCGAUAACGGGGACGGCAACUUCGAGGUGGACAAACUCAGCGGCGCGGUCCGCAUCCUGCAGAAUCUGGAUUACGAGAAAAAGCAGGUGUACAAUCUCACGGCGAAAGCCAAGGACAAAGGGAAGCCCAUGUCCUUAUCGUCGACAUGCUUUAUUGAGGUGGAUGUAGUGGACGUAAAUGAGAAUCUGUAUCGCCCGUGGUUCCCCUCGUUUGUGGAUAAGGGAUUUAUAAAAGAGGACGCCCUCAUUGGGACAUCCGUAAUGAAAGUAACGGCUCAGGACGAAGACAAAGGAAGAGACGGAGAAAUACGGUACUCCAUACGGGAUGGCUCUGGCCUAGGGAUAUUCACCAUUGAUGAAGAGACUGGUGAGUUUCUCACUUUUCUUUUCCUCUAUGUCAUUACCAUAUUGCCUCUAUGUGAAGGCCCAUUUUGUUUAUCAUUUAUUAUUUAAGGUACCAAAUGGGCAUGCAUGAAUUUUAAAUGACUGGGAUGCGAGAAGGGGUGUAAUCCCCUGUAUCUGUGCAGAUUGUGUUUGUCUGCCCAUGUCCUUCCUCCCCCCCUGAAAUAUCAGUGGUGGGGGCAAAUGGUGAAUGGCGGUGAGGGUUGCUUCCUGGAGAACCGCUAAGCUUCCUGAUUCCUUUCAUUUUUCUGUCUGAGGGAAGAGAAUUGAUGGCAGGAACAGCUGGAGCAGCUGUCUUCUAGACCUGCAGUAGACAUUCCAAACUAGUUGCUGUGGAAUUAUGAGGAUUGCUGAGUGAUUUUACCCACUGACUCCCCAUUUCCCACACGGCACUGUUGUGCUGAACACUGCAUUUUGUUUCAGUGUUGAAAAACUGGUCAUAUGCAAAUGGUAUAAUGCUUCAUGCUAGCUCAUCCCACAUGAGAUGGCACUUGUUUGUAUAAUGAGAGAGUUGUUUUUCUGUGAUUGUCAAAUCUACUUUAGUAUUGCAAAUCUAUAUUUUUGUGUGUGUGGCGAAAUGCACUUGCUGGCGUCUUUGUGGUCUUACAAAGAAAGUAUUAAUACUUUUUUUUCAGCUGCUCACAGACGUUAAAUCACCUGUGCCAAGGAUUUAAAAAUAAGCAGUCUGGAAUUCAAACGGUUUUGCCACAAAAAGCUACUGGUCACCCCAUUUUGGGUGUGUCAGACCUGGCUUGCUGCCCUUCAUUUUAAACAUAGUUACCAUACUCUGGGUGGCUUAAUGUCAGUUUUUCCCUUUUAAAAUGUAUUUGUGCAUGGCAGUAUACAUAUUUAAUGUACAAAUGGGCUGGUGAAACUUGAUGCAUAAAACAUCAGGUUUUUAGCAUAUAUGUAGUCUAUCCCUAAGUGUGGAAGUUCAAUGCAAAGUCUCUGGAAAUGUAAUUUACAGAUUUUAAAGUAACUAAAUGAGAAAUUGACGAGUGCAUGUUAAUUUAGAUUCAGGUGGAGGCAUACACUUUAUUAAGCUGAGUAAUUAGCUGGGCCUUUCGUGAACCUGUGGGGAAAUCACACUUUCUUUGCUGUUAAAUUUAGCAUGACGGGAUGAGCCGGCACGAAGCAUUGCUCCUUAAGGACCAUCUGUCAGCUAUUGUGCCUGUCCAGUGAUUGUUCUCUCUGGGGUAGUUGUUGGAUUGUUGCUUGUAGAUUAUUCUACCUCUUUUGUUCAAAGAUACUGAGGAAAAUGUAAAUAGAGUGAACUGGAGCGAGCCUUUGAUUCUUGAAAUGCGAUUUGAAACUCGUCUGAGAUUGGUUUAAAAUGGCUUCGGUCCCACUCAUCAAAGUUUGUAGAAACUUUCUCACACACAAUGCACUCUUUAGGGAGUUGACAUUUGAAAUGCGGUGCCUUAUAUUUAGGCAACAGAGAUUUCUGCUCUGGGCUUUGUUAGUUGAGACUCGGCCCUUGGCUUGGGGCUGUGGAUCUUAGGCCGAAUCUCUGAAGUGUUCUUGUUUCCGUAAAUGACACCCACUUCUUGUUUGAAAUCCCACUCCUGAAUGUAUAGGAUGCAGGUCACUGGGAGCUCCUGACCUGCUCUUCCUCCCCUGCCCGCAACCUCCAUGGCCUUCAAAGUGAUUUAUCAGGAGUGGCAAUGAUAGGAUUGUCCUGCUAUUCAGCCCCGUUGUUAGGGAUCACAGCCAGAGCUGGUAGCAAACCAAAUAUGCCGAAGGCAACGGUGUGCCUCCUAGAAAUUCAUGCAUUGACUGAAGGAGGUUUGGGGGGGGGGUUAGUUUGGGUCUGAGCAGAGGGGGUGUGAGGUCACCACAUGAGGAUUAUGCGCUACGAGAAAUCAAUGUAAAACAAAGGGUGCACCCCAGCAUCGCUUUCACCCAGUCAUGCAGCUGCAGCUAGUGCUUUCUGACCAGUAGAAAAACAAGGGUGGAGAAGAGAAGAAAACAAAUGAAAAGUGCUAAAAUCAAAGGGUACAUGCCAGAAGCCACACACACCUUAAGCUCUGGAAAAGUUUUUAUGAGGGGGCUAGUAAGGAAAGGCUGGCUAACAUCUGUGGCUGGUUAAGUUAAAUGCCUUUUGGAAUCUCAUGUUCUCUGUAUGCAUGCUUUAUUUAUUCACUUUAUCCUCUUGAACCCCUGGGUUUGAGAAUGGAGGGGUAGUGAUGAGGAAUGCGUAAUUGAAAAGGUCUUUAGUGCCCACUUGACUCCCUUACCUCUCAUCUUACCGCCAAGAAGAUACCAUUUUGGCCCUCAGUUUUUCUCCUUAAGCCUAAAUCUUGAACUUUAUAGUUAGAUACUAGCUUAAUUUAGUUCAGUGAACAGAGGCAGAAAUUAAUUUAUGUAACUUCAGAUUUCAAUAUAUUUUUUUACCCGUUUCAGGGUUUGCCUUUGAUAACAGCAGUAAUUCAGCAAUUUUUAGGCCAAAAUAAGAUUAGCAAAACCCAGAAAGUUGUUACUUCUAAGAUAGUAAUCAGCAUGUUUUCCCCCUAUCCAGCUCUUAUUGUCCGACUGCAGACGGCUAUAUCUGGCAAACGUCUGGCCCGGGCCCCUCCGGAUCUCUGGCCCUUGUAUUUACAUCUGCACAUCACACAAACAUGUUUAGAGCUGGGGGCUAUGUGGAGCCCUGGUGAGAUUUUGUGUGCAGUCCAGGCUAAUUCUGUCCUCGUGUGUGCUCAGACACUGCUAAUGGGGGCCUGACACACUUAAGGCCAGCUAGGUAUGCCGCUAACCUGAUUGAUGUUUCCAGGGCCAUGCAUGGAAUCUAGUUCCUUGAUUUAAUAAACCUUUAGUUGGAAAAAGGAACAAAGAACUGGAGCUUGAGGUCAUGAUACAGAGAGAAGAACAACAAGAUGGAGUCCUUUCACAAAGUAGGCUAGUUAAGGCUGCUAGCGAGAGGGUGGUUGUUGUGGUUCGGUGUAGAAGUUAGGGCUGGGAAUUGCCAGAGACCUCACAAUAUUAUAUUAUCACAAUACUUAGGUAACGAUACGGUGUAUAUUGUAUUUCUCGUGAUUCUAUAUGUAUUACGAAUCUAUACUGUGAUUUUAUUGCGAUUCGAUGUUCCAAACGUAUUGCUCACCAUAUGUCUGCUGCAGAGGGGCAAGAGAGAGCCAUGAGGAAAUGAGUUUUGAUCAGUCAUGGAAAUAAAAGUGCUGAAAACAAAUUGGCUCCCUAUUUUAAAAAGAUGGAGAACAAGCUUUGAAGGAAAAAUACUGGAGUUUUGGUGCAGGUACAGCCAACGAGCUCAAAAACUAUAUUGCGAUAUUGUCGAUACGAUAUAUCAUAAAAUAAUAAUAUCCCAAUAUGUAACUGUAUACAUUUCCCCCCCCCCCAUCACUAGUAGAAGUUGUUGUGGGGUGGUCGAGGUGGUGAGUGGUAUUCAUUUGGGACAAAGCCACUGAACAUUCCAUUCUCUCUGUGCAUCUAAAUUGAGAUCAACUCUUAAUGGUCUUCACUCUGCAGUGCACUAUAAAUGCUUUUCACCGACGUUCCUAUAAAAAAGCCAGUAAUGCAGCUGUUGUUGCUUAGGGAAGAGGAGGGGUGGAGGAUGUUAUUUGUCAUGGGCUGUGCUUGAUUAGUUGCGAGGUAGGAUAUAGGCCUAGUCCCUAUAAGUCCCCUACUGGUACAUUGUUGUCAAUGGAGACCGUUCUCCAAGUAGAUCAAUUAGACUUGGUGCUUGCACGAAAGGAUUGACUACCGUUUAUGAGGUCAGGGAAGGGUCCUCUGUGAUCAAUUAAGCAUGUCUUUCUGUUAGAACUCCUAAUAGCUUUGACGAAAAGAGCUAGUUCGACCAGACUCUCUCUCUCUCAUUGUGUCUCUCCUCCAGGAACUGCUAGUUUUGAUGCUGUUUUGGCAGCACUAUUGAAGUCAUGUCUUUAAGUUCGUUAGCCUACUUUGUGAACUGAGGUGAACAACCAAGAUGUGAUAUGCAAUUUGCACGGAUUCACUUAACUGGUUAGGUAAGGUUAAAAAGGAAGAACAGGGGAAAAAAGAGGUGAAAAUGCAUAUUGAUUAAAGUCUCCAGGCUUAAAAUAUACUAGUAGUAAAGGUGAACAAAGGUGUAGGCCUUCAUGCGGUGUGUUUGCAUUUAUGUCGGAAAAACUGAAGGAAUCUCAAACAGCCCCAGUGGAAUCGCCUCUUCCGUCCAGAUGCUCAUUGGAUAAUGUAUGCAUUGCCCUUUGCUCAUUGGAUAAUGUAUGCGUUGCCCUUUCGCUUCAAGUUGGAGGCAGCCGGUGUGCUGAAAGAGCUCUUUGUGGAGGCAAAUGAAAUAGUUUGACGUGUAAUGACAAAGUUCUGUGAGCUUGUGUUUUCCCCUCUUCAAAUUGGGCCUUCCUCCCCCCUCUCUUCCCCCAAAUCCCCCCCCCCCCCCCCAUUGCCCUUCCUGUCGAGAGCGAGGUAGGGCCGACCCUCAGUGAUGCCAGAUAAGGGAGGUAUGUGCUGAAUGGUUUUGUCUUUUCAUGUUUGGCUGCCUUCACUAUCCCAGGGUGAGGCGAUAGCCGUGUCUGCUCCACCAAAGCUUCAUGGGAGAUUGAUUGAACCCAAGCACCCGUGGCCGGUCCCUUCUAUUUUUUGAUUCUAUAUGCAGAAGCUCAAGCCAGAAGUGUGACUUCUUCAGCACACUCAAAAGAGCCACAUGACUUGUAAUGGUCUUUGCUUGAGCGCUGUUGCUGGGGCGACGGGACCAGGAAUGUGCAGUAGGCCAAAGUUGAUUGUAGGGUGCUAAAUGAAAAGCACACUUUCCCCAGUUAAAGUUUGUUGCUUCUCUCAGCCCAUUAAUUCUUUUUUAGAAACCUGUAAAGGUGCCGCGUGCAGAUGGCGUGCUCGAUUGCGAGUUAACUGUUGUCAUGCUAAUCUAGGCAAUUGAGACCCGCAGCUAAUAAUGGUUGGUGACAUUUUGUUUUAUUUUUAUGUAAACUACUGUAAUUUAAGGCUCUACACAAGUUGCUAAUGGUAGCACAGAGAUUCUGCAGACACAUACAAAACUGCAAUAACUACAUGUUUGUCACACGUUUGACAGGAAAGAAAAGCAUAAAAUUCAUCUUAGUGAAGCCAUUUUGUUGUUCAGUUCUCUAUCUUGGCGUGUGUUCCCAUGUUACUUUGAAAAGACCUGCAGUUCCCUGUGGCAUGUUCACCUGAAUGUGAAGUCGUUGUUUUCCUAUCAUAGCCCCAAUCAAAAUGGAGUUUACCGCAGUGAAGGGGGUAACCAACAGAGGCUUAGCUGGCUGAUUAUUUUAUAGCAUCUCUAUAUGAUGCAUUGGCUCUCAAAGCGUAACUGACUGAUUGCCAAAGUGAAAUGGUACUUGGCGCAACGAGUUCUGAGGUUUGAGAGACAGCCACUUAAAAUAAAACGUUGAGAGAUGAAGAUGCUCCUUUUGAAUUCCCCGUCCGUCAUGUUCGCUGUCAAUGUAAAGACCAAAGACAGGAAAUAUCAGAAUUAAGGUAGCAUGACCAGAGACAGCAGCUUAUUGGCACUGGGUUCAAGUCCCAUGUUAUACAGACGGAGACAGUGCCAUGUUUAGGCCUAAGUGCCGUGUUUAGGCCUAAGUGCCAUGGUUGUCUCUUAGGGUUGAAAAGCUUGGGAUAGAAAAUGCUGGCCAAACAUGCAUUUAAACGCCCAUACUAUCCCAACAUUCCUGUCAUACCUCUCAACAACCAUAAUGCCUCUUAUAGGCCUAUACACCACUGUUAUCUCUAAUCUCCGAAGACAAUAAAAAUGGAAUGAAAAAAUAAUCAACCUUUGUAAAUGUCAGCGCGGCAGCCUGUUGGAAAACGAGAACAGACCUAUAUUUCAAAGCGCCUUAUCUGUCUCCAAAAAAGGCCUUUCCACGGGAACCGUUUACCGCAGCGCAUUGAGUCUGUGUCAGUGGGCAACUAUCUCAGGGGGCUUCAUCAAAAUGUUGCGAUAAGGGGAAGACAGACGGUGCAUCGCGCACGCUAUUAUCAGAGGAGUGGGGCAUGGCACCGGAGGGCCGGGAGGUGACAGGUCUUAAAUUAUAACGUGAUAUUAAACCAGGUGGCCCAGCUCUGAGGCCUUUGAAAUAACACUGCGCUCUGUGACAAUGGAAGCUGCCUGGGCAUGUCCCAAUAGGCUUCUUCAACUGGAAUUAAUGGGCUAAAUUCUGCCAGAAAAAAAAGAGAAAAAUCCCAUCAGGCAUGUUCUCAUUGCAUCACUCCCCUUUCCUUCAUUAAAGACUCUCUCGCUUUCACUCUCUCUCGCUGCAUUCUCCCCUCUCCCCCUCACUCCAGAUGAAUGCAGCCAUUCUUUUCGUUUUUCCUUGGGCCAGAGAAUAUAGAAUAUUAUUAUUAUUUUAUUACACAGUGCAUGAUGCUAUAGUUUUGAUAUCCAUGCCGCUUUAAAACGUUAAUGCCCCACUGGUCUGUUAAUGCAGUUUUAGUAAAUGGCAGUUGUUUAGUGCUUUUAUUCAGUGCCCUCCCCUUUUAAGACUAUAAGAUUAGGUCAAUAUGUAGAGCAAAGCGCACAGCUCCACAUUGUUAAGCUGGCUGAAAUGAUUCAGUUUGUCUAAAGUUUUAAAGUACAAUUUCCCUUAAGCCCAGCUGUUGAUAGCGCUGGUUUUAGCCUCUGGUGGCAAUUGUAUACAAAAUGCACAAUGAUGCGUGAAGCGGAAAUGGCUGGUGGGGGCACAACUCAGAGGAUCGCCGGGUCAAAGAGAGAUCAAAUCAAAUGUUAUUUGUCAUAUGCGGCGAAUACAACAGGUGUAGACUUUACUGUGAAAUGCUUACUUACGAGCCCUUUCCUAACAAUGCAGAGUUGAAAAGUAAUUAAAUUAGCAAAAAUGAAGAAAAAAAAUUAAUUAAUAACAAUAACGAGGCUAUAUACAAGGAGUACCGGUACCGAGUCAGUGUGCUGGGGUACGAGGUAGUUGAGGUGAUUGAGGUAAUAUGUACAUGUAGGUAGGGGUAAAAGUGACUAGGCAAUUAGGUUAGAUAAUAAACAGAGUAGCAGCAGUGUGUGUGAAAGUGUGUCUAUGUGUGAGUGUGUUUGUGUGUGUGUGUUGGAGUCAGUGUAGUAUGCGUGAGUGUGUGGGUAGAGUCCAGUGAGUGUGCAUAGAGUCAGUGCAAAAAAAUAUUCUAAAAAAAGGGGUCAGUGCAAAUAGUCCGGGUAGCCAUUUGAUUAACUAUUCAGCAGUGUUAUGGUUUGGGGGUAGAAGCUGUUCAGGAGCCUUUUGGUCCCGCUUGCCGUGCGGUAAAGACCUGCGCUUUUGUGUUGAGAGACUCUGUGUGAACUCAUCAUGCAGCAGUUUUGAUGAUUGUUUUCCCGGAUCUACACUAAUGUACUGAAUACCCGCUGAGUGCUGGUCACUCUUCAAAGUGCCACCAUAUUUGGUCAAUGACCCCGAUAUGGUCUAUGACACUUCAAUAGCCUGCUAAGUCCUAUUUUGCAUGGUGAUUCUAAGCCUGUGGCCAAUGUGUUACUGUGUGUAACUCAAGCUGUCUGCGUUAUUCAGAUUUAUGAAUUGGGUGGUUCGAUCCCUGAAUGCUGAUUGGCUGAUAGACGUGGUAUAUCAGACCGUAUACCGCGGUUAUUAUAUUUUUACUGCUCUAAUUACGUUGGAAAGCAGUUUAUAAUAGUAAUAAGGCACCUUGGGUGUUUGUGGUAUAAGGCCAAUAUACCACGGCUAAGGGCUGUGUCCAGGCACUCCGCAUAAGAACAGCCUUUAGCCGUGGUAUAUUGGCCAUAUACCACACCUCCUCGUGCCUUAUUGCUUAAAUAUUCAUAAUUCUAUGAAGUAAUAAAGACGAUGAGUGCGACAGCGAGACCUGUAGGCUAUGUGGGUAUCCCAUGAGGUGGAGUUUUUCGGCUUUGGCUGGACUUCAUAGCCUUGUGAAUCUUUCAAAAGAUUCAGGCAUUAAUACUUACAGUGUGGACUGAAUAACGUUGGAAGUGCAGGGCUAGGCUAGGUCUUAGCUUCUGAGAACUCUUGGAACCAAAGAGAUGAUAUGAUUUAAGUCGUGGGGGCAUGGGAAGCUUAGCUCAGGACUCUAUUUCUAAUACACCCAGGGCUCUACGUGGUGGAGGAAUUUGAAGCAUUUCGCCAGGGCCGGUGGAAAGAGAAGAGGGGGGAAAAAAAGCACUGAGAAGGUUUAUGUAAGCAUGUGAGGCAGGAGUCCUAAGUAGGCUGAGGAAUGCGAGGGGAAAGGAGAGAGGAAUUACCGAGAGGUAGUUCAAAGCAAAUGUCUGACUUUUUAAAGUGCAGACCGAGGAAGUGCUGGCGUAAGCCGAAAGAGCUGAUCUCUCGGUCUUGAGAAGACACGUUUCUGUUCUCUCAUGGUCUCCGAAGCGGGUAAAUUAUUCCUGUACGGUCUCUUGUUGUGAAGGUCAUCGGAAGACCAUCUCGACUUCUGUAGAUAUCUUUGUCGACAGUAGAAAACCUGUGAAAAGAGAGCUUCUCUCUGGGCUGUGUGAAGUUGACAGCAGCCUAAUUCCUCAUUACAAGUUUUCAAUGCCAGAAAAAUAUGAUAUUGACACAGUUUCUUAACUAGACAGCGCGCUACCAUAUGAAAAUAAGCACUGGGGAUAUACAGGAUUUUGCAAAUCCUAAUCCUCUUUUGACAAGCGAUAAUCUUUUUGGCGCUCUAAUUUGUUUCAAUUGCCAGCUUUUGAUAUCCAUGGCAUGUGCAAUCCCCUCCAUUUGUGGCGACGCCAUUGUAGUUACAAGGCCUUCUCCCCAAUUUAGCCCCCCGCCCACUAAGUACCCCCUUUCAUGACAAGGACCUUGGUCCAAUACAUGCCAGAAAUACUGAGUACACCUCAUCCUCUGAACAAAAUAGUGAACAUCACAGUAUAGUUCUGCAGUUACUACCCCGCACUGUGUGGUACAUUUUAGUUUUGGCUUGGAUCAGCUGGCUUUAUCCAAUCCACUUAAAUUUUUUCUGUCCUCAGUCCUCCAGACCUCCUCUGCCAUUUUCCUCGGCGCCUCGAAGCACAACCAUGUUAUUUCACAAUUGUGUCAAAACAACACUCAGCGGCUAUGUGUUGUGCAGCAGACUUCUUCCAGCCUCCCCGCUGUAACUAGCUAUUGAGUAAAUGUCACGGUGGACCUGUUCCGGAGACUGAUUGAAGCGAACACACUUUGCAGUUCACACACCUACAUGAGAUGACAGAAUUGUAGGAACAGCGUUAGCCGUUAGCUCUUUAUUAUUGUGUAGCCUAGCUGCUGUGCUAGGUGGCUGUGGAAGGUGUAGCCUUAGGGUAUGCAAGGAAGAGGGAAAGAAAGGAGAGAGAGCAAAUCUGGCUGGUAGGUUGCCUAGCCCUUGUCAACUGUUUUUAUUGCCUCAAGGGCACAUUUCGCAACUUCCUCAUUGACUAGCCUAGAAGUAUAGGUGCGGUGGCUAAAUACCUCUGAUUCAUCAUUUAUACACAUUUAUACAAUUAUCCAGCCAACUGUUGAUUUGAUAUGUUUCGAUAGAUGCUUUGUCUUCUGUUAUGUUUAUUUAAAGCCAGUCACGCAUUCAUGUAUGAAUAAAAAGUAGACGUCAACUGAAAUUGUCAUUGUGUUCAGCAAGAGAUUCAUUGAAAUGGGUUUCUCUUUGAAUUGAACUUUAUAUUAUACGCUUCAGAGCCUCAUCAAACUAUAAAAAAUAUACAAGAUUUGGACUUUCUUACUUCUGCCAAUCAACCAUUAUAAUGCUAUCGUACCAGUUGGCCUUACCUACCACAGUUUGUUUACGUUUCCUGUGAGGGGUGAGUUUGGGUCAAGGUCCUCUAUGACUAUGUAGUCUUGUUGUUAGUCACCACUAGAAUGAAUAUAUUACAUUUUAUUUUCGUGUCAAAUUGUUAGUUGGCAACCCAUCCUUUCCGGGAUCAUUUGAAACAUAAACAAACAUUACAAUAAUUAACUGUGAUAAUUCUUCUGGUGUUCUGUGCAUUACAAUAAUUCACUGUGAUAAUUAUUCCGGUGUUCUGUGCAUUACAAUAAUUCAAGGUUAUAAAUCUGUGAUAAUUGCACUAGCAGUGCAGAACUGCAGUAAUAUAAAGUAAUCUUCUCUAUUCUGAUAGCUUUAGGAUUGGCAGCGGGCUGCUAAAAGCCUGACACUCAUGAGCAAAUGAAAUGGUAUGGGUGUGGUGGCUAAAUACCUCUGAUUCAUCAUUUAUACAUCAUUUAGUAAUUAUCCAGCCAACUAUUGAUUUGAUAUGUUUUGAUAGAUGUUUUGUCUUCUGGUAUGUUUAUUUAAAGCCAGUCACACAUUCAUGUUUGAAUAAAAAGUACCGUAUUUUCCGCACUAUAAGGCGCACUUAAAAGCCUUUAAUUUUCUCAAAAAACGACAGUGCGCCUUAUAAUCCGGAGCACCUUAUAUAUGGAUCAAUUGGUUAAUUGGUUGAUCCAUACUGGUUGUACACGGCGCUCAAGGCGCUCUGUCAAAAUGUUUCAGUAUGAAAAACCAAUAAAAACAAUUUAAUAAUAAUGACAUGUUUCAGUACGACUGGUAAACUACAAAGCCGCACCGCUUGCAGCAUUACGGCUACCGUAGUCAGUAAACACCGGUACUGUGCUUACUCACAGUCCCACACCACUUGUGUGUGUAUAAAGACCCCAAAAUGGCACCUUUCAAGAGACACGCUUACGACGCAGAGUUCAAGCUCAAGGCUGUCGGUCACGCAGUAGAAUAUGGGAAUAGAGCAGCAGCGAGAGAAUUCAACAUUCAUUAAUCAAUGGUACGGAAGUGGAGGAAGCAAGAAGAUGACCUGCGCCAAGUAAAGAAGACUAAACAGAGUUUCCGUGGGAACAAAGCGAGAUGGCCACAGUUAGAGGACAAACUCGAACAGUGGGUUGUUGAACAGAGAGCAGCAAGUAGCAGCGUCUCUACAGUCACUAUUCGAAUGAAGGCAACAGCGCUAGCACGGGACAUGAUCAUCAAUGAAUUUCGAGGCGGUCCUUCUUGGUGCUUUCGUUUUAUGAAAAGACGUAAUAUCUCCAUCCGCACACGAACUACCGUCUCGCAGCAACUGCCAAAAGAUUACCAAGAAAAGCUGGUCACUUUCCGCGCAUACUGCAAAAAGAAGAUCACUGAAAAGAAGAUCCGGCCAGAGCACAUCACCAACAUGGACGAGGUUCCACUCACCUUUGAUAUUCCCGUGAACCGCACUGUGGAGAAAACGGGGACCAGUACGGUGUCUGUACGCACCACAGGGAAUGAGAAGCCAUCCUUCACUGUAGUUCUCGCCUGCCAGGCUAAUGGCCAGAAACUUCCACCCAUGGUUAUUUUCAAGAGGAAGACCUUGCCAAAAGAAAACUUUCAAGCGGGCGUCGUCAUCAAAGCUAGCCCGAAGGGAUGAAUGGAUGAGGAAAAGAUGAGUGAGUGGUUGAGAGAAAUUUACGUCAAGAGACCGGGUGGCUUUUUCCACACAGCUCCGUCCCUAUUGAUCUACGACUCAAUGCGCGCCCAUAUCACCGAUGCUGUCAAAAAACAAGUGAAGCAAACUAAUUCGGAGCUUGCCGUCAUUCCGGGUGGAUUAACUAAAGAACUCCAGCCGCUAGAUAUUGGUGUCAACAGGGCGUUCAAAGCUAGACUGCGAGCUGCGUGGGAGCAGUGGAUGACAGAAGGCGAACACACGUUCACCAAGACGGGUAGACAGCGCCGGGCGACUUACGCCACUAUCUGCCUUUCACGAAGGCAGGAAUAAUCUCUGAACUGCCAGGCAACAGCAGCGACACUGACUCGGAUAAUGACGAGAGGGAGCCGGGCAGGUUGGAUGCCGUAGUCGCCCAACUGUUCAAUUCGGACACUGAAGAAGAAGAGUUCGAGGGAUUCGUGGACGGGGAAUGAACUGAAAAAGUGAGCUUUACGUGUUAUACGUAACUGAACAAUGUUGAGUUAUGCACUAACGUUUGAUUUAGUGGUAUCAGACUGUUUCUUUUACUACGUGUUUACUGAAUCAGGGAAAAGUUCCCCUCCACGUUUGGGAGAAGAGUGAGCAAGGCUGGGAGAUAUUGUUAAUAUGCACAUUAACGUUUGAACAACGUUACCAUGGGAGUGAACGGAGUUGUCAGAACGCUUAAUAAAGUUUGACUUUAUCUGACUAUUUAGUUGACAUUCCCUUUAGCACAGCUCCAUCUAGUGGAUGCAUAACGCAACCCCAGUCAAACGUUUGACUGCAGUAUCUUCUAUUCUAUGCGCCUUAUAAUCCAGUGCGCCCUAUAUAUGAAAACAGUUCAAAAAUAGGCCAUUCAUUGAAGGUGCGCCUUAUAAUCCGGUGCGCCUUAUAGUGCGGAAAAUACGGUAGAUGUCAACUGAAAUUGUAAUUGUGUUCAGCUAGAACUUCAUUGAAAUGGUUUCUCUUUGAAUUGAACUAUUCUAGGCGUCAGAGCCUCAUCAAGAUUUGGAAUUUCUUCCUUCCUCCAGUCGACCUUUACAAUGCUAUCGUACCAAUUGGCCUUAUCUACCACAGUUUGUUUAAGUUUCCUGUGAGGGGUGAGUUUGGGUCAAGGUCUUCUAUGACUAUGUAGUCUUGUUGUUAGUCACCUCUAGCAGUGCAGAACUGCACUAAUAUAAAGUCAUAUUCUCCAUGGCGAUGGCUUUAGGGUUGGCAGAGGGCUGCUAAAAGCCUGACACUCCUGAGCGAGUGGAAUGGUUCUGCUAUGCCAGUGUCUCCCAGUCAAAAGGAUGAGCAGUCAAGCAUGGGCAUCGCCUUGGCACGGGCACAAUAAAUGUCUCAUCCCUCUCACUCUACCUCUUUUACCUUGUCUCUCACACACACUUAGUCUGAUUAGCACACAUUCUCACCCUUCCACACAGACCCAGAAAUGUACAACACACACACACUCUCUCCCCUCUACCUCAGUCUCUCUCUCCAUUUUUCUUUCACCCACUCAACCGUUCUCUCCAUCUCAUCCUCACUCCUUAUUUUUCCAAUCUCCACCCUCUCUCGCUGCCUCUCACACACUCACUCAUACUCUUUCCCGAUGCUCUCGCAGGACGAGAGCAUCAGAUUAGCACUCACAUUUCUUAUUCAUGCUUCACAUUUGCAAAUCCCUGCACAUCUGUUCCUCCCAGAAGCUAUCUCGAUGAGUGCAGUUAGCAGUCGACAGUGCUUCCGUGAGAAAAACUCACACUUGCACAUUUUGACUGCAUUUCUUUGGGGCAAUAUAUAUAUUUUUAUAAUCCGUUUACUUCAUUAUAUCAUCACUUUUUUUUACGAUUUCCGCCUCAUGAUGGCCCUUUGGGUGCAUUUCACAUUCAGUGCCAGCCAUAUGACAUCGACCAUAUUACACCCUGCAUGUCUUCAGAAAGUAUUCAUACCCCUUGACUUAAUCCACAUUUUGUUGUGUUACAGCCUGAAUUCAAAAUGGAUUAAAUAUAUAAUUUACACACAGUACCCCAUAAUGACAAAGUGAAAACGUGUUUUUAGAAAUGUUAGCAAAUUUAUUGAAAAUGAAGUACAGAAAUAUCUCAUUUGAGUCAUCUGAGUCAAUACUUUGUAGAAGCACCUUUGGCAGCGAUUACAGCUGUGAGUUUUUCUGGGUAAGUCUCUUAAGAGCUGUCCACACCUGGAUUGUGCAACAUUUGCCCAUUAUUCUUUAAAAAAUUCUUCAAGCUCUGUGAAAUUGGUUGUUGAUCAUUGCAAGACAACCAUUUUCAGGUCUUGCCAUAAAUGUUCAAGUAGAUUUAAGUAAAAACUGUAACUCGACCACUCAGGAACAUUCACUGUCUUCUUGGUAAGCAACACCAGUGUAGAUUUUUCCUUGUGUUUUAGGUUAUUGUUCUGCUAAAAGAUGAAUUCAUCUCCCAGUGUCUGGUGAAAAGCAGACCGAACCAGGUUUUCCUCUAGGAUUUUGUCUGUGCUUAGCUCUAUUCCGUAAAUGUUUUAUCCUGGAAAAACUCCUGGGAAAACAAACUCCUGGAAAAACUCCCCAGUUCUUAAUGAUUACAAGCAUAUCCAACCCAUUAGGGUUGGGCGGUAUCCAGAUUUUCAUAUCCUCAUACCGUCCUUCUCUCACACUAGGAUUUACGGUAUUACUGGCUUAGUACACAAGGGGGCGCAGAAAAAAACACAAAAAAGCCCAUUGGGCGUCUUUUACUAGAAUGCUAACAAAGUUAGCACAAGUUAUCCAGCUAAUGAAGUUAUACAUACACUACCUGUCAAAAGUUUUAGAACACCUACUCAUUCAAGGAUUUUUCUUAAUUUUUACUAUUUUCUACAUUGUAGACAGUGGCGGCUCCUGAAAAAAUUCUCAGGGGGGGCAAUUUUUCUGAUGAUUUAGGUGACCUACACACAUUUAAAAAAAGAUAUGUCCAGCAACAACAUGAAGACAGGGGCAGCAUAUAAGUCAAUACCAGAAGCAUUUAUUGACUGAUCUGGGGAGAUGGAUUCCAGUUUCUGUGACAGAUUAUAAAUAAUCUCUGAUGCCUUUGUUAUAUUAGCUUUUGGUUGAAUGUACACAACGGUAACAAACAAUUGGGGGAACUCACGGGGCAGAUAGUAAGGUCGCAGUGACACAGAAAGCAGUUCAAUGUCGGGGGUACAGAGUCGCUCUCUUACCAGGAUCGAUUUUCCCUGUGACUGUCAGAUCGCGGUCCGCUCUGACCAGGGUGAAGCCGGCCGGCUCCACUUCUCUGUCCGGGACUCUGUCAUCCAGCCAAGUCUCAGUAAAUGCCAGCAAACAGGCCUCCCGAUAUUCGUGUUGGAAGCGCAGAUUCGCUGACAACUCAUCCGCUUUCCCCCUCAGUGACUGGGCAUUAAUCAGCAAGGUGGUGGGUAAGGGAAGUUUGUUCUGCUGUAUUGGAUUCCGCUGCCAGCAGCGUUUUCAUUAUUUAGUCCGUUCGUAGCGGGUAUGUACACGAUCAACAAGAUCAGUCCAAAACCCACCACUGGAAAUCCAUGGUUGGCAGAAUGUUUGUAAACUAAGUGUACAAAUUAAAAACAUAAAAUAACGCCACUAAGUGUACAAAUUAAAAACAUAAGAUAACGCCACACUGCAGGUCGCAACAGAGACGCUGCUACCCGCUAUUUUCUUAGUUACGUUCAUGGUUACGUUACGUAUGACGAAAGCGCGUAAGUGCAAGCCCUCAGAAACCCAUAGAGAUUGUAUUGAAAGCUCUGAAAUUUGAAAAAAAUAGAUUUUACAUGGGAGUCUAUGACAGACUUCUGGGCGAUUUUCAACCUGACUGAAAUCGCCCCAAAAGGGGGGGGGGGGGCAUUUGAAGCACGACUUUAGCCUGAUUGGACAUUUAGUGGCAGUCAGAUCAGAUUAGAACACUGAUAACUACUGUUGCCGUGAUAUAAUUGAUUAGAAAAAAAAUCCCUUCCUUUUCCCGUUUGGCAGUGCGUCGCCCAUAUCGCCCUAUUGAACACACCGCCCCUGAUUGUAGAAUUAUAGUGAAGACAUCAAAACUAUGAAAUAACACAUGGAAUAGUAACCAAAAAAGUGUUAAACAAAUCAAAAUAUAUAUAUACUUUACAUAUCCACCCUUUGCCUUGAUGACAGCUUUGCACACUCUUGGCAUUCUCUCAACCAGCUUCAUGAGGUAGUCACCUGGAAUGCAUUUCAAUUAACAGGUGUGCCUUUUUAUAAGUUAAUUUGUGCAAUGUCUUUCCUUAAUGCGUUUGAGCAAAUCAGUUGUGUUGUGACAAGGUAGGGGGGUAUACAGAAGAUAGCCAUUUUUGGUAAAAGACCAAGUCCAUAUUAUGGCAAGAACAGCUCAAAUAAGCCAAGACAAACGACAGUCCAUCAUUACUUUAAGACAUGAAGGUAAUUCAAUCUGGAAAAUCUCAAGAACUUUGAAAAUUUUUCAAGUGCAGUCGCAAAAACCAUCAAGCGCUAUGAUGAAACUGGCUCUCAUGAGGACCGCCACAGGAAUGGAAGACCCAGAGUUACCUCUGCUGCAGAGGAUACGUUCAUUAGAGUUACCAGCCUCAGGAAUUGCAGCCCAAAUAAAUGCUUCACAGAGUUCAAGUAACAGACACAUCUCAACAUCAACUGUUCAGAGGAGACUGUGUAAAUCAGGCCUUCAUUCUCGAAUUGCUGCAAAGAAACCACUACUAAAGGACACCAAUAAGAAGAAGAGACUUGCUUGGGCGAAGAAACACGAGCAAUGGACAUUAGACCGGUGGGAAUUUGUCCUUUGGUCUGGAGUCCAAAUUUGAGAUUUUUGGUUCCAACCGCUGUGUCUUUGUGAGACGCGGUGUGGGUGAACGGAUGAUCUCUGCAUGUGUAUUUCCCACCGUAAAGCAUGGAGGAGGAGGUGUUAUGGUGUGGGGGUGCUUUGCUGGUGACACUGUCUGUGAUUUUUUUUUCUGCAGCGAUAUGCCAUCCCAUCUGGUUUGGGCUUAGUGGGACUAUCAUUUGUUUUUCAACAGGACAAUGACCCAAUACACCUCCAGGCUGUGUAAGGGCUAUUUUACCAAGAAGGAGAGUGAUGAAGUACUGCAUCAGAUGACCUGGCCUCCACAAUCCCCCGACCUCAACCAAAUUGAGAUGGUUUGGGAUGAGUCGGACCACAGAGUGAAGGAAAAGCAGCCAGCACGUGCUCAGCAUAUGUGGGAACUCGUGCUCAGCAUAUGUGGGAAGCAUUCCAGGUGAAGCUGGUUGAGAGAAUGCCAAGAGUGUGCUAAGCUGUCAUCAAGGCAAAGGGUGGCUAUUUAAAAAAUCUCAAAUAUAAAUUAUAUUUUUAUUUGUUUAACACUUCUUUGGUUACUACAUGAUUCAUUUUUACAUUUUACAUUUUAGUCAUUUAGCAGACGCUCUUAUCCAGAGCGACUUACAUAUUUUUUUAUACUGGCCCCCUGUGGGAAUCGAACCCACAACCCUGGCGUUGCAAACGCCAUGCUCUAUCAACUGAGCUACAUCCCUGCCGGCCAUUCCCUCCCCUACCCUGGACGACGCUGGGCCAAUUGUGCGCCGCCCAUGAGUCUCCCGGUCGCGGCCGGCUGCGACAGAGCCUGGAUUCGAACCAGGAUCUCUAGUGACACAGUUAGCACUGCGAUGCAGUGCCUUAGACCACUGCGCCACUCAGGAGACAUCAUUCCAUAUGUGUUAUUUCAUACUUUUGAUGUCUUCACUAUUAUUCUACAAUGUAGAAAAUAAAAAAAAAUAAGAAAAACCCUUGAAUGAGUAGGUGUUCUAAAACUUUUGACCGGUAGUGUAUGAGCUACCUAAUGUCCAUGUUUAGUGAGUUUGGACAUUUACAAGCGAACGUGAACGAGACAUUAUGCAAAUGAACAAAGUUUUGAUGCAUGCUUGUCUGAUGGAAGAACAGUACUGUGUACACACUGUGUCUGUGUGGAGCCUGGGAGUCGCUAGGGCAACGGGCCUGCCGGCUCUGCUCGGAGAAGAUAGGGGAGGAACAGAUGAUGAUGAUGAUUCAGAGAGGAGAAGCAACACAUAAAACAAGGAAAUCAAGCUGCUGUACUGAUAACUCAUUCAAAGAGCUUUGACUUCUCAAACACGACAGAAAGCUAACAGAAUAUGAUACGCAUGACCUUAUUAAUUCAGCCACUUACAUAGAUAACUAGCAAGCUAAACUUAAGAGUCGCCCUAUCUCAGAAUUCUUUAUUUUUCACACAGGAAAAAAUAUAUAAAACGCAUAAGAAAUAUCUUGCUACGUUUUGUAAACGCCGAUCUAAAAUGCUUCUUAUUGUAAUUUCUGCUCUACGUCGAACAAAUUUUGUGCUUCAGUUGCACUUUUCCACUUGGAUGAGAUUUCACAAAUGGCAUUCUAUCAAACGACAGCGCUCUGACUGAUGUGUAACUACUUUCUCUCCUGUACUUUUCUCGGUGUAGGCAGCCUACUUUCUCUGGUAAAAUGCAAGAUUAACUUUAAGCGAAACAUUAGGAAAUGUAGCUUGUUACAUUUUUUCUAGGAUAAACAUUAGAAAUAUGAUGUCCAUUUAUAAUUUUUUGCAAAAAAAGACCUUGCUUUUUCUCUGCUCAUUUACUUGUGUGUCUGCUAGCCAAAUAGCAUUGCACUUCUGUCGUCGUCUGAUGAAAAUGAAGCUAUUUUCUGCCGAAUGUGUUGCGCUAAUGUAUUUUAUGUGAAGGAAAACUAUAGUUGUACAUCCCUGAUCACUCGUUUGAAGCAAAAAAACACUGUUGACUCUCAAUAUAAAACACGACCCCUGUCAAUACACAGCUGGACUCACCUGCUCCCGCUUUCUCCCGUUGUGCUAUUUACAAACAAACACGUGACUGGUUCAACUGUUCUGGGGAACUACGGUAAGCUUCGUAAUGUAAAAUAAUGUGACAGGUGAAAUGAAGAACGCAAUCUGCUUUAUCUCCUAACGUAUUGCACAAGGUGACUGCAGGUAUUUACUUAAAAAGUAGCUACAAAUAUUAAAAUGUAUUGAAAAACCAUCCCGUGGCUAUUUCCAAAUACCCCGGUAUCAUAAGGUAUGACAUCCAAGCCUAAUACCCACAACAUGAAGCAGCCAGCAUUAUGCUUGAAAAUAUGGAGAGUGCAGUAUUUUUGCAGUAUUACUUCAUGCCUUCUUGCAUUCAGGAUGCAUGUUUUGGAAUAUUUUUUGUUCUGUACAGGCCUCCUUCUUUUCCCCUUGUCAAUCAGUUUAGGAUUGUGGAGUAACUAAAUCGUUUGCAUUUUGGUCAUAUAGCAGAUGCUCUUAUCCAGAGCGACUUACAGCAGUGAUUCCAUAAAUGUUUCUACUACGAUGUUGUAACCACAAUGUUGUUGAUCCAUCCUCAGUUUUCUCCUAUCACAGCCAUUCAACUCUGUAACUGUUUUAAAGUCACUAUUGGCCUCAUGGUGAAAACCCUGAGCGGUUUCCUUCCUCUCCGGCAACUGAGUUAGGAAAGACGCAUGUAUCUUUGUAGUGACUGGGUGUAUUGAUACAUCAUCCAAAGUGUCAUUAAUAACUUCAUCAUGCUCAAAGGGGUAUUCAGCGUCUGUGUUUUUUAUUUUGACCUAUUUACCAAUAGGUGCACUUCUUUGCAAGGAAUUGGAAAACCUCCCUUGUCUUUGUAGUUAAAUCUGUGUUUGAAAUUCACUGCUCGACUGAGGGACCUUACAGAUAAUUAUAUGUGUGGGGUACAGAAAUGAGGUAGUCAUUCAAAAAUCAUGGUAAACACUAUUAUUGCACACAGAGUGAGUCCAUGCAACGUAUUAUGUGACUUGCACAUUUUUACUUCUGAACUUAUUUAGGCUGCCAUAACAAAGGGGUUAAAUACUUAAUGACUCCCGACAUUUCAGCUUUCAUUUUUUAUUAAUUUGUAGAAAUGUCAAAAUACCUAAUUCCACUUUAACAUUAUGGGGGCCAGUGACAAAAAAAUCUCAGUUUAAUCCAUUUAAAAUUCAGGCUGUAACGCAACAAAAUGUGGAAAAAGUAAAGUGGUGUGAAUAUUUUCUGAAGGCACUGGGUCAGGUUAUAUAUCCUCACAUGGCUUUAGGAAGUAUUGUGGAGUGUUACAGUGCUAUCUGUUUCCCCCUUUGCCGCACUGCCUCCCUGCCUUAUUACACGCCUCAAGCUAACCGCUCACCUUGGCUAGCAGUAAUGAUGAGUAUUGACAAAAAGCACCUCAGACUCAGACAUAAGAUACAGUAACUGAGGUAAAUAAAAACUCGGAACUGUCAGUGACAGGUAUUUUGGAUUUUCUUUUUUUCUCGCUCUCAUUUUUCAGAAUCUUUCUAUUCCCCCCUGAGGUGAAAGGUAAGCCUGUCUCUCGGUUACAGUCCGGCAGUGCAAGUCAUUGAGUUACAGGGAGCAACAAAGGCUUUUGAAAGGCAGGCAGUAGGAAAAGUAGGAGAGGUGCCAUGGAGCAGUAUCUUAUCGUUCUUUGGUAUAUGGCACAUUAGGAAAGUGUUAUAGACUCUCCUCCGCCAUAUCUAGUGCACAGCAGUAUGCGAUUACCGCUUGCCUAUACACGGGAACCAGGCCCACGCCCUGGCUUUAUUAGAAUGUAUUAUCGUCUGAGGUGGGCCGGGCCGAUGAGCUCACUUUUAUUGCUUUCGAUAACAGGUCAUUGUGACCUUUUUAAAUGUUUACUUAAAUCACAUGGAAAGAUAUUUUCUAGAGAUUGUGUUCUUAACAACUGAGUAAUUUCCUAUCGCUCUACCCCUGACAUGACAUAACACAAGUCUGCAUAAUGAUCAGAUAUAUUUUUAAAGCCCCAAAUAAAAUGUGCAUGAGAAACCACAUCAUAAAUGUUGGGUAAUCCUCGAGGGAAACAACUGUGCACCCAUCCAGAGAAGGAUGGCUGACUAGCCUACUUUCUAGUUUGCCUUUUUGUUGGUUCCACCACUGAUCUCAUUUCAGUCAUCGGGGGUAUUGUUGUGAAAUAAUGGUCCUAACAGGUCUUUGAAAGCUCCUCUGUUUGCUCAGCUGAAAGCUAUAGGCCCCGCAUGGCAUAUGGCCUGCUGUAAAACGCCAGGCCUGUCAUGUAGAAACAGACAGCAGGAGCUGACGUCAAUACCAACCUUAUACCCUACCAUAUUCCCCCCACUGUGUGAUCCCCAUAGCAGAAUGCUAAAUUCUCUUUGAACUACUUUUUGAGUGCUGGCUUUAUUGUUUGGACGAAGACCAUUUCUAUCUAAACAGCUGGGAGUGAAAUGGUUUUCCAUUGAAUAAAAGAGCCCUAAGAAUUAAUUAUUCUCUCUUUCUCCCAGGGGUCAUCAGAACCCAGGAACUCCUGGACCACGAGACCACCCCGCACUACUGGCUGACUGUGUACGCCACGGACGGCGGCGUGGUACCGCUCUCGGCCUUCGUGGAGGUCUACGUGGAGGUCCAGGACGUCAACGACAACGUGCCGCAGACCUCGGAGCCCGUCUAUUACCCGUCGGUGGCGGAGAACUCGCUGAAGGACGUGUCCAUCAUCCAGAUCGAGGCGGUGGACCCGGACGCCCGGGCCAGCGACAAGCUCUCUUACAAGAUCACCAGUGGCAACCCCCAGGGAUUUUUCGCCAUCAACUCCAAGAUGGGUAAGACGAUGGCAAAGGCCGCCACUUGA